GGUUGCUGCUGCUGAAGCCGAGCGUCACUUCGGCUCCCACGGCAGACAUGGCGACAUUGACAGUGGUCCAGCCGCUCACUCUGGACAGAGAUGUUGCCAGAGCAAUUGAAUUACUGGAAAAACUACAGGAGUCUGGAGAAGUUCCAGUGCACAAGCUACAAUCCCUUAAAAAAGUGCUUCAGAGUGUAUCAAUAUAUGCACGAAACGAUAACUGUUAAUGGCUGUCCCGAAUUCCGUGCCAGGGCCACAGCAAAGGCAACAGUUGCAGCUUUUGCUGCUAGCGAAGGUCACUCCCACCCUCGGGUAGUCGAACUGCCAAAGACUGAUGAAGGCCUUGGUUUUAACGUGAUGGGAGGAAAGGAGCAAAAUUCCCCCAUUUAUAUCUCUCGCAUCAUUCCCGGAGGGGUGGCGGAAAGACACGGAGGCCUCAAAAGAGGAGACCAGCUGCUAUCGGUGAACGGAGUGAGCGUGGAAGGCGAACACCACGAGAAAGCUGUGGAGCUACUCAAGGCUGCGAAGGACAGCGUCAAGCUGGUGGUGCGGUACACCCCGAAAGUCCUGGAAGAAAUGGAGGCUCGCUUUGAGAAGCUGCGGACAGCCCGCCGCCGGCAGCAGCAGCAACUGCUAAUUCAGCAGCAGCAACAGCAGCAGCAGCAAACACAACAAAACCACAUGUCAUAGGUUCUUGAAGAAAAGCUGUUCGAUCCAACAUCUGAUAGUCACAAAUUUGGAACCGUGCUUCUGAAUCCCAGCACCUAGUAAAAAGAAAAAAGACAACACUGAUAAUUAUACCUGUCAAGAAGCUGUGAAUACGUGGUGUAUAAAUUCUUUACCAAGGCAACUCAACACCUUCUUUCUCUGGGGCUGAACGCCCACUGCUCACUGCUCUGUACACACACAGACCUUCCAUUCACUGCGGUGGGAAUUCUCCGCGCCACCAGAGAUGUUUUCCAGUCUGCAGACUGAAACAGUGUAACAAUAAAGUCCAUGACUUUCAGAUAAAUCACCAGGGCCAGGAUUAAGUGAAUCUUGGGUCGCUAGCUUUUCCAGAGUUGAACAAAUCCCUCAUUAGGCUCUAGUUCAAACUGCAUCAGUUCAAUAUUGUCGCCACUUAGACCUGCACAUCGUCCCCCACCCUGACUUGGGUCACGUCCAUACUGCUGAGCUGUCAGAAUUAGAAAGUUUGUUAAUUGCAGAGUCAAGGUCAUUUCCCCUCUUGAAAACAAGUAAUAUGCUAUAUUUAUACUCUUUUCAAGUAACUGAAGCAAUUGGCUUUUUAUUUUCUGUUUCCAUGAAUUUUAUUAUGCAUUUGUAGAAGUGGGGCAAUAUAGCUCAACUUUUAGUUUGCUAGAAGCAAGGAUAGAGGACUCUAGUACUGUAUAUAUUUUUUAAUUUAAGUAUUGCUUGUAUCUAUUAUUAAGUCUAACAGAAUAUAAUGUAUAUUUAUUCCACAAAAUAUAUAUUAUGAGAGUGUAUUUGUUACAAACUUAGGUCUUUUCUUACCAAGUGUUAUGAAUCUGGUAAGAGAACAAUUAGCAAAGGACCUAACUUCAUGAACGGAUGCUCAUAUAUUUAUAUAUAACCCUGCUCUCAGUAUUUUUUUUGUUUUAUAUUUUUGAUUAAUAAGCUCUAGAGAAAUCUAAGCUCUUUCUACCUACCCUGAUGUGAUGUCAUAGAAGUCUAUUUGAUAUUUUAAAGCUUACGGCUUAAAAAAACACAACAAAAUUAUGAUAUGUGUGCGUGUAUAUACAAAUACGUAUGUCAUACAAAGUUGAGAUAAGUUUUCUCAAAUAUAAAAUCAAUGUUUUGGGCAAUCUAAGAUCAGGAGUAUUAUCCCUUUCAAAAUUAGGCAUACAUAAACCAGUGAUACUAAUAUUGUGAGUGAAAAGAUACUGCUGCUUCUAGAGGGUAAGGAAACCUCACUCAUUUCACGAUUCAUGUAGGUAAACAGACAAUGAGAUAACCAUCUUUCACAAAGUGUCAUUUACUGAAAAAUGACCUGUGAGAGCCACACAUACAGAUUGUAACUUGUGACUGGCGGUAAAUCUAGGCACAUAAAUCUGAUUUUACUCUAAGGAAUGAAUAGGAAGUAAUAAUGAUCUGGGCACUUAAAUACUUUAAACCUACAACUGUACCUGAACAAAGAAUAAAUGUCCACCUGAAACAUUCUAGAUAGACCAUUGAAACUGAGGCAAAUAUUUGAAUAUUCCCUUUUCUCAAAUGCAGAAAUUGAUUCCCCAAGGUAUAGUAAAUUGUACAUUUCAGGAAACCCUCCAAAUUAAAAAUUUAUAAAGCUCAGUGUAGGAACUGUUUUCUUGAAAACUAAUCAGAAUCAUCCAGCACAUUUUUGUUGGCCCUGUCAGGUGAUCCUGUUGUCAAUGGCAAGUCUGCCUACUCUUGGUAGUCUAUCACCCAGCAGAGUAUAAGCAGCAAGGGAUCUAGGAGGUACGUCAGUUUCAACAAGGUUCUACUGUGGUAACAAACUCUCAUCCUUGGAAACUUAGCAUUUUUUAUUAGAUAGAACUGGGGGGAGGGAAAGGGGGAGGACCCUGAAUGUUCUGUAAAAUAGGUUUACAAGAGAGCAAGCAUGACUAAAGGACCGAAUAGAGACUGCUUGAGUAUUAUUCAGUUUGAAAGAGGUGGUUCUCAUUUUUAUAAGAAAAAGUUAACAAAACAUAUAUUUUAGUUAUCAUGUAACAAAGAAAUAUUAAAGCUAUUCAGGCGAUGCCACAGAUUCUCAGAAAGGGAAACUCAUCGAACCCUUGUAAUGAGAAAAUGGUCAUUUCGACACAUUUUAAUACAUUGUAUAAAUUUGGAGCUUAAGGUGAGUAUGUUUUUAUUUAGCCGUGUUUGUUACUUGUUAAAUGAUCAUGUUUUAUCAUCAGUAUAAAUAUUGUUAUGGAAUUACAGAACAAUGAUCCAAUGAGCAGAUACCUACAUUUGUGUUUUCUAGAAGUCUUUGUAUUUUUGUGUUUCAUUUGCAUAUUGUUAAGUGCUAAUAAAUGUAAGCCAGGUCGUUUGUCACAGCAAAGGGGCACCAAAGACACCUAAGGACAGAUAGCCUGUCACAAUGAUCCUGCAUACAAGUGACCAGUCAAAUGGCCAAUUUUCUUCGGUAAAAUCUAGUUGUUGAAAUGUUAAGUCUUCCCCUAAAGUUUUUAUCAAAAGCAACCAUUCCUAAAACCUAGAAAUGACACCUGUGUUUCUCUCAAGUCUCCCUGAACUCAGAGAGAAUGGGAAAAAUUACUACAACUUGUUUUAAUGCUCUUUAUUAUUAAUGAUCACAUUAGAGCUACUCACAUGUCCAAAAUCAUGUUAAAGACAUAUCAGUUCUCCUACAUGAAGCUCAGUCUUUAAUACAAUAAACAAAUUAGGUGUUAAAAUCUGUUGUUACUGUUCACCAGUGAUCUUGGUGAAUUUUAGUUCUUUCUCUUGGUUAGAUUAGUGGACAGAUUUUCCUAAACUCCUGCUAUGAUACUGAAGGCAAAUACACAUGCCCGAAACUUUUCAUUGGGCAUUUGUAUUUUGACUCUGGUACCAUUUGAAAUGGAAAUAGAAGAUCCUCAGGGGAGAUAAUGAGUUUAAAUUACAAUUGACUUUAGAAAGAAUAACAGGUUUUCCGUGCUUCAUCAUGUAAUCAAUAGGAAAUUCUCUAUGUGAAUUACUGCUAUUUUGGAAGACAAUGCUAAGAUCUAAAUACAAAAUCUAGCAUCCAGGGACUUCGAGGCUGACUCAAGAACUUGCUCAGAGAUGAAUCUCACCAGUUUACAAAUGCAGCUUUCAACCAGGACAAACCAAACAGGUCUGAUCACAGUGUAUUUUACUCAGCUGUGCCUGUAGGACUCUGAGAUGUUGUAACAUUUUGUCGACAUUAUUUUAAACAUCUAUUGUGGAUAUGUGAAUAAUACUGAAUUUCUCAUCUCCUAGCUGGUUUGUGUUUAUCAUGCAGACACAGCUUGUUAGACAAGCAUUAGGCAGCACUGUGAAGUGAAAAUCAAUGCUCUACAGGUUCGGGGGGCCAACAUAAGGCAAGAUCUCCCCAGACUCGGGAUAGUCCUACCCAUCUCAGCCCUCUCUCUGUCACCGGCUCAACGAGAGAGGGCUGUGACUAACUGUCCUGUGGACUGCGGUAUCCUGGCAUCUGAUGUAAUAUCUGGCACAAUGUAAGUGGCCAAUUAGUAUUUGUUGAAUGAAUGAAUGACAGAACAGGUGAAUACACAAAGAAAUAAAUUUGCCUUCUGAUAACUUGGAAAUUUUUACCAACUUAUGCUAAUUGGCACUAUCAUUUCUGAAUUUUAUAGUGAGAACUAGAAACUGACUCUUUAUAAACACUCCCUAGAUCUAUGAGUUUGGAAUCAAUUACUUCAAAGUCUUCAAAGGUUUGAGGACAUUUACAUAAGGAGUAAUGUUUUGGGGAUUCAGAGUUUUCACAGUGAAUAACAUCCAAUCUUUCUGGUUCUUUACGAAAGCUCCUUGACAAGGAUCAUCCAAAAUGGAACCUCAUUAAUAAGUUUUAUAAAAUAAAUGUUUUUAUUUUUUAAAAGAAGAAAAGUCAUAUCAUCAAGCAUAUUAUUAAUUCUCCCUUAGAUAUUUAUUUUUAAGGAGUUCAUAGUAAUUGGAGUUACCAUCU